AUGUGGGAUGACAAAGAUGUUGAAGCUGAGCUGGAAAAAGAAAUAAAAGAUGAAUUGGAUAAAAUCAGCGUUUCAUCUUUGGAGAUAAGAGAUGAGACGGACUCCCCGUCUGAGUUUGGCAGUGAGAGUGAAUCAGUAAACUUGCCUGAAUCAGUUAUUUACUGUAUUAAUGUCAUAAAGAAUCGGAGUAAAAAUGCUGAAAAUCUUAUUCUCCAGGACUUUGAAGAUACUGACAUUUCAAGUUCCAGUUAUGGAGCAGUUUCAAACAAUCCUCCAGAUUUUAUGGAUGAGUUGACAUCUAAGUGUCAUGAAAGUGCAUUAGAAUUAAAGGAGAAGGUGCUAUUUGAAAUAGAAAAACAAUUACCAAUAAAUUCAACCUGUGAUAAAAUUCCUAAUUCUGCUCAACUUCCUAAUUUUUUUAACUUACCUGUUGAUGAGCCUCUUUCUUCAGAUGAUACUGACACAAUAAGCUUCGGAUACUAUGAAGUUGAGGAAAGAUGUAGACAGUCUUUUGCAGCGUGGGAGGACAAACAGCGAGAAUUGGAGAACCAGGAGACUGAAGAGUUCAGAGCUCAGAGGGAUAGAGAAGAAAAACAGUUGCAAGAGGAAGAAGAAAAGAGACAUUGCCGGAUGAAGCAAUUUGAAGUGGAAAAGAAAAUAAUAGAAAAUAUUCGUAAGCAAGAAGAAGAGAAGAUAAAUGUUGAACUGCAGCAACAACAGAAAUUGUGGGAACAGAAUUUAAAGGAGCAUGAGGAAUUUAUCAGAAGACUUCAGUUACAAAUGGAGGAGGAAAGAAGAGGAUUAGAAGACCUAAAGGCUAAAGAAAGACAAUGUUUGGCGGAUCUGCAGCAUAAUGCAGCCAUAAAAAUCCAGGCCUGGUAUCGAACACUUGUAGCUUAUCAAAAAUAUGGAUCAAUUAUAAAAGAACGGCUAAAGAACAAAAAGAAAAAGGAAGAAAUGAUAGAAAAACAAAAACAAGAAUGGAAGGAAAUGGCAGACAAAAUCCGACAGAAGGAUGAAGAAAGAAAGAAAAAAGUGGAAGAGAGACUGAACAAACAAGAAGAAAUAAAAAUUCAAAGACAAAAAGAACAAGAGAAAAGGCAGGAGGAAUAUGAAAAAAAGAAGAAAAUUUUAAAAUUUAAAAAAGAACAAAAAAAUGAUAUGGCCAUAAAGCCAUUAGUGGAAAAAGAAAUCAGUGAAAAAGAAGAUGUAACUAAACAUAUAGCACCAGAAAAUGGAUUGAAAAAAAUAAACAUAGCUGAACAGGAACCUAUACAAAAAUUAAAGCAAGAACCACUUGGGGAAAACAUAUCAAGACAACCAAUCGUGACAGAAUUUAUAAAAGAACAGAAUGAAAAUCUAGGAAAACAUCAAGAGCUGGAUGAAUUAAAAAAUGAAAAGAAACCAAAUGAGAGUCUAGCCAAAGAUUUCACUAAAUCACAAAAGAAUAAACUUAAAGAAAAUGUGACCAAUUACCUAGAGUUAGAGCAGGAAAGAGAAAAAGUAAGUUCAGUAGAUGAAAACAAGGGAAAUGAAUUCCAAGAAACCAGAGAGGACCAGGGGGUGAGAAACAAUUCAGAAUGGAAUAGAAACAAACAGAAUCAGGAGGAGGAAGAUUCUGAAAUAACAAAAAGGGAAAAGAAUAGAGAAAGCCAUGAAGGGGACAAUCACUUCAGAGCUUCAUUAAAUCAUAUGCUUUCACUCCUAAAAGCAGAAAGUAAUGAAAACUCCAUCAGCAGUGUGAGUGGGAUGGUACGAGCCAAAGAAAGUGACUCUCAAGCUAUUGAUAAUGAUGAAAGCUCAGAGACAAAUAUUCUGACAGAUGGUGAAACUAUAAUUCUUAACACUUCUGAUAUCGUUCUAAAUGUGGAAAGUAAUUUAUGCAAGAAAAAAUCUGUUAUCUUUAUGCCAGCAUCUAAUGACUGCACAGGUGACUCUGAUAAAAGCUCAUCAGUGUCUGAAGAAACCACAACUGCUCCAUCUGUUAUGAGUGAAAUACCAAGGAAGUUUUGUGGACAUGGAGCAGAGAGUAAGAGUGAAAGCAUGUCUACUCCUUCUCUAAGCAAGAUAACAAUUUCAGCUUCAGUUGAAGAAAAGAGACUAGCUUGGGUAAAGACCUGUAGGCCCUGGCUUGAAAUCUUCAGGGAGAACCAAAGAAAGAAAGUAACUAAAAGAAAUAGACCUAGGAAGUGCUCAGUCAGCAAGCUGCCUCCUCUGAAUGCAGUGGCAAUCCUUCAAGAUGGACUGUGGAGUACCUUACAACAGGUUACGACAGUAACAUUUCAGGAUUUGCCAGGCUGUAGUCUUUGCACAUUGUCAGAAUGUACAAGUCUUCAAUACCUGACUCUUAGGCAUUGUGGAUUAACUGCUCUGGAAGGACUGAAUAACUGCAAAAAAUUGAAGUACAUUGAUGUACAGGAAAACCAGAUUCAGGUUAUAAAUUGUGAGGAUUUAGAAAAUCUCUGCAUCCUUCUUCUGAAUGACAAUGAAUUGACUUCUUUUCAUGGUUUGGAUGGUUGCAGUAAUCUUCGAAAUAUUGAAGUUUCAAAUAACAAGAUCACCCGAAUUGGUGGAUUAGAAUCUUUGAAAUCUCUUCAGCAACUAAUUGUGGAUCACAAUCAGCUAAUAAGCACCAGAGGUCUUUGCAGUGUUCCUACUAUUAUGUACCUGGAUUGCUCUUAUAACAAUCUUACUAAAGUUGAAGGAAUUAAAGAUUGUGGCUUACUUCAGAUUUUGAAGUUACAAGGAAAUUAUCUAACUGAGCUUCCAUCUCUGGUGAAUCAAGUUCUGCUCAGAGAAUUGUACUUGGAUGACAACAGCAUUUCAUCGUUGGAAAUAUUCUCCUCAUACUGGCUUCCUUUAUUACAGAGUCUAACUGUCUCUCAAAACAGUUUGACUGAAAUUGUGCCACUCUUUCAAUUUGUUUCUUUGGAAAAACUGGAUGUCAGCAACAACUGCCUUUCAGAUCUUACAGGUGUCACUAAGUGGUUUCAUGCAUGUUUUAACCUUUGUGAAUUAUCACUUAUCGGAAACCCCCUUCUCCAAGAAAGAAAUUGGAGGCAGUCCAUACUUGAAAUAUUACCUACUCUAAGAAUUCUCAAUGGUGAAACACUGAAAUCUGAUUAUCCCAAUCAUGAAAUCAACAUAUCAGAACCAGGUAGUUUUUCAGCAAUCUGCCAGACCCAGAACCAGGAAUUUAACUUAAUAGUUAAAAAAUACAUCACUGAAAAAAGAAAAAUACUCUCCAUAGAUGCCAUAGAGGACUUGUGCUGUUAUUUUAAUGAGAUGACGAAACUUAGUAGUGAGUACAGAGAAACUCAUGAACAUGGAGAUUUCAGAAUCAUUGAUAAAGAUGAAGAUGUAAGUAUCACAAAGAGAGACCAAUCAGAAGAACAGCAAGAUAAUUUGAAACAAACAGCCAGUAACAGUCUGCAGCAAAACAACCUCUUCAUUAGUGGGGUAAAUGAAAAUAAACAGGUUUUUCUGGAAGCUUCUCAAAAAAGAAUUGAUCCUGACAACAGUGACUCUGGAUUUACUGCAUCUUCCACACAGGAGCACAUAGAGAAAAUUAAUCAAGACCAAAGUGUACAGAGGUCGAGGAAAGACAUUGUGAGCACCAAAAUUCAUACCGAGAACAGCACUAUCACUGAGCCAUUAAUUACAAGUGAAAUGAAAAGGGAUUUCCAACAUAUUCAGAAUGAUGCCAGAAAUAAUGCAGCUACAGUAAUCCAGAGUCACUGGGAAGGAUACCGCAUUCGCAGGCAGGUUAAUUUUUGUAGUCAAAAGGAUAUGGCAGCAAUGAUAAUACAGAGAGCUUGGCGAAAAUUCCUUAUGAAGACCCAGAUGGAAAAAAGGCAACGUAACACCAUUGGUUUGCAUGCACAGAGGGAGAAGGCCGCUACGCUCAUUCAGGCAGUUUGGAAAGGCUUCCUGUUACGGAAGAAACUGACUAGAGCGCUCGCUUCCAUUAAAAAUGAAGAACUUGAGGAUGACUAUGAAGAAAUCAACCUAGAUGACUUUACAUUUGAUGAAGCUGCCUUAGAGAAAGAAUGGUUCUCUUUGGAUUCCACCAACUUCCCUUCCAAAACACAGGAUCUCCCAAAUGAGCUGCACCAGCCAAAGAAUUCAGGGUAUUUGUCCUCUGAUGACACUUCACUUAAUUUACCAUAUCAUCCAGAGCAAGCUUGGCUGUGUAGUGAGAGAGAAAACCCAUUCUCUCCUGAAGACUCUCAGUUUACUGACAGAUCAGAAAGUCAAAAACUGACCUCCUCAUCUGAUUUCAAGAGCUAUAUGAAAAUGUCCCUAAGAUCUAAAAAAGAAGAAAAAAUUUCAGAGGAAUGGGGCUUUAAAGAUAUUUCUACUGCUCAGUUGAUGCUAAAGAGAGCCCAGAAAAUGAAAUCUAAGAAAACAAGGCAUAAACUGGACCCCGCUGUGCGCCUGGCAUUGUUCAAAAAUAAUGGAAAUAAACAACCCCCUGUGAAGCCAGCAAAGAAAGCACACCAUGCCAGACAAGGGUAUUUUGAAGUUGAUGAAGAAGAACUUUCCAAUGCAGAUGUUACUAUUUCCAAUGAAAAAAUUGAGCGUAGCAAAGAGCUGACCUACCAAUGGCUCCAUACUCAAGUUGGGAGUUAUGAAACAACCUGCCCUAGAAAUGUGAAAUGCCAGACUCACUUCUUGCCUGUGUUAGAUCCAGAUGUACUUAAUGGUGGGCGAGUUCAACUUGUGGCAAGACUUGUAAGGAGAGAAGACAUGGAUGUAGACCUUGUUUCCAUGAACAGUGGGAGUGCUUUGGCUCAGAACAGAGAAAAAAAUAAUAAGGCAUCCAGACACUCAGCAGAAUCUUCAUGUAAGUUGUGGUUUCAUUCCAUGUACAUUUAG